UGAAUCUCUGAUAUUAAUGGAAAGUGGCAGUCUCCUUGAUCCGAAUAAGAGGUCUUUUGGGAAACCUCGUCCCUCCAAAAGAAUGAGUAGGAAGGUCAUCAUGAAAAGAAAUAGACUUGGCUCCUCAGAUUCAGAAGAAGUGAAGAGUAUAGUGUCAAAAUAACAACGUUGCAAGAAGGCAAAGUCAAUAUGUGCAACUAAGAUCAAAGAAGCAAUUCUCCUCUUUUGAAAUUGCUUUGAAGAACAGAGGGUAUAUGGAAAAAUAAGAAUAAAGUCCAGAAUUCUAAUGAACAGAAAUAUAGAUUUAUGGAUAAGAUGAAUAAAUUCUAUGGAGAUAAGACUUAUGAUGCCUUAAAAGAUCACGAAUGCACUUUAGUCAAUUAUCAGGAAAGAAAGAACCAGAAUAACUGGAAGAGAAUUUCAAACCUCAUUUUGAAAGAUUCAGAAAAUAAGCUUGUUAAAUCAGCAAGAAUAAUUAAAUUGCAAGAGAACAUUAGAAAAACAUCUCAAAGAAAAAGCUUUAAAUAAAUAUGAGAAAUUUUUGAAGAUAAACAUCGAUCCGGAUAAAGAGCCUCAGGUUACUAAGAAAGAUUCAUUAUUGUCAAGCUUUUUACGCAGACCAGGCAUGAUUUUUUCUCCGAAAAAUAAAAAGAAUCAUCAGAAGACCAAAUUUAAAAGAACUAAAGAAAAAUCACGGAUCUUACUUGAGAAAAUGAAAAUAAGAUAUGGAAGCAACUAUAUAAAAGAAGAAGAGUAUCAACCAGAUUAUGAACAUAAAGUUCAAAUCUUUAAAAGCUAUGAUAAUUUGCAGCAAUAUUUUAAUUCUCCUCAUCAAGUUUAUACCAAAAGAGAUAAUACUGAGGCUAAAAGAUUGAGCAAAGGAAGAAAUAUAGCAGGAUCAGCCGAAUGCUUGAUUCCAAAACCUAUGAUCUCUAAACCCUCGCUGUCGAAUAUUAUUUGAAAGAGUGAAAGAAAAAUCAAAGAGGGUUAUUCAAGUCAUAACUUCUCAAAAGGAUUCUUUCGAAUGAACUUAGAAAACCAAGUCAAACAUUUCAAAAAUAUUGUGAAAAAAUCUUUAACUGCAAAGAGCUUGAGGAAAUAAAAAAUGGGUAGAGACCGAUUUAUUUCAGUGCAAUUUGAUGAAUAGAAGUUUAAUGAAU